AUAUUUCAUUUCAACCUUUGAGAUGCACUCAACAGUCAAAUUAUUAUGCAACAUUUUGUUGUCUUCUGUUUUAACAAUUCCCGCAGAACUGAACAGUGAAUUUUAAGCAAUGAUCGGAAACGGUGAAUAUGAUUUUCCUGCUCCGCCGCCCAUGACCGGGGAAUUUGAGUGGGUACCAUUAUCUGACCGGCCAGAGGAAUUCCCUAUAACAGGGCAACCGGAGAUGAUUUCCAUAAUUGGUCAACCCGAAAGACCCAAGAUGACGGAAAACCCGGGAAGGAUGACAGUGUCUGGAAAACACGAGGGAACACUAACAGAUGAACAGCGCGGAAGAGUACCGACAUCCAGGCCGGCGGAAAGAAGGUAUGUGAAAGACCAAGCGAACACACACGUAACCGGAUAUUCAAGAGUUGGGGAAUCGGGCCCGGUCACUUCGGCUGACCAUACUAGAAUGAGCUCCAAACACGGAAACCCAGUUCCAUUUGCUGACCAAUACGUGCAAAGGCCACUCCCAAGAUAUGACCAUGGAAACCCACCGCCCGUGGCACAGAAGCCUUCUCCGCGACAAGCAUUUAAUUACCUUGGCCAAUCCCAUCCUACGUCAGCCAUCAAACGUCAGCUGACAACCACCUUGAUAAAACCCCCUCCUCGACAAUGGAGCUCUGGUUUAUGCUCGUGUUUCUCCGACAUGAAAUCGUGCUGUGGAGUACUGUGGUGCGGUUGUCUGUUCUAUCCGUGUUACUUAUCGAAGAAGUUGGGAGAAAAUGUAUGUUUGCCUUGUGUAAUGGGAAGCACAUGUGCUUUGAUUUCUUUGCGUACCAAAGUGCGCACACAAGAGCGCAUACAUGGGACAAUCUACAACGACUGUUGCACGGUCGUCUGCUGUCAAUGUUGCGCGAUGUGUCAAAUGUCACGAGAGCAGGACUUCGUCACCCAACACCACAUCGUGCAAUGAAAUAAAAAUCUGAACAGUGUAAAACUGAAUCAAUGUUUGAUUGCAACAAUUCAUUUGAAUUUCUUAACGAAUUUAAAAUAAAUAUACGAAUAUGUGAACAUGUAUAACUGUAUUUCAUAAUCUAUAUAUACAUGUAUGAUACGAGAUCUAUGGCAUGUCAAACGUUGGAAUAUUUGAUCUUUUCCACUUGCGUUGUAUAAUUUUCCAUUUGUAUUGUAUAUUUUCCACUUGUAUUAUACAUUUUUCCAUUGUAUUCUAAAAUUUUCAUUGGUAUUGUAUAUUUUUUUUAUUCAUGAUUUUUGAUUUUCAUUUGUAUUCUUAUAUUUUUCCAUCAGUAUCCGAUAUUUGUCAUUAUGACUUCCCUUCCCAGAAGGGGGACAUAUUGUUUUAGUGUAAAUUCUUCUUCCGCUUCUUCUCAUAUACAAAGUUUGUCUGGGCCAUAACUUUUAUGUCUUUUGACAUAGGCCUUUGAUAUCUGGUGUGUGGGUGUACCAUGAUAAGACAGUGUGUCACGUGCCAUUUUCGAUAACCUUUGACCUUUUAUGUUAAGGUCAAAUAAUAAAAUUUGGGGCAUUUUCGUUGUUUGGACCAUAACUUUUUGUCUUUUGACAGACCGUUUCGAUAUUUGGUAUGUGAGUAUACUACGUUAAAGCAGGGUGUCACGUGCCAUUUUGAUUACCUUUUACCUUAACCUUUUAUGUAAAGGUCAAAUAAUAGAAUUUUUGGAUAUUUUUGUUGUCCGGAUCAAAACAUUUUUAUCUUUUGACAAAGGCCUUUAGUUGUUCGGACCAUAACUUUUUUGUCUUUUGACAUAAGCCUUUGAUAUUUGGUAUUUGGAUAAAUUAUGAAAAGACAGUGUGUGGCGUGCGAUUUUUAUGACCUUUGACCGUGACAUUUUAUGUAAAGGUCAAAUAAUACAAUUUUUUGGGCCAGGCCUUUGAUAUUUGGUAUGUUGGUAUGCCAUGAAAAGGCAGUGUGUCACAUGCCAUUUUUGAUGAACUUGGUCUUUUAUGUAAAGGUGAAUAACAAAAUGUUAUGGGUAUUUUGUUGUCCGGACCAAAACUUUGUCUUUCGACAUAGGCCUUUUCUUGUCCGGACCAAAACUUUUUUGUCUUUUGACAUAUUGGCCUUUGAUAUUUGGUAUGUUGGUAAGUUUAAUUUACUAUCAUAUGUUCACAACAAUGUUCCUUGAUUGAAGCACACAUACAUAUAAGUGACUGUUAUGUACUGCAAGUCUUAAGUUUCCACUUUAAACAUGAUCCCUGGAAAUGUUUUGAAAAGAUAUGAAAAAUGGAAGGGGAGACAUCAGUUUUAGUGUGCUAAAACAAUUCUUCCUAGUUUGUAUCGUGUAUUUUUUUCCCAUUCAAAAUAUAUAUUUUCUAUUCAUAUUGUAUGAUUUUCGAUUUGAAUUCUAUAUUCUCCAUUUAAAUAUCAUAUAAUUUUU